GCUGUCUUUUGAGCGGCGCACGUGGAGCAAAAUCAAAGUGCUCACGUUUUUAUUUAGCUUCUGCUCAAAAAUUAAAUAAAUUUAGUUAGAAGCAUGGGUCGCAAGGCUGAGUUCGAUGAGAAACCGAAGAAGGGACCUGGCCGCAAGGCGCGCAAACAGGGAGCACCCGUAUUCCGCAAGCAAUCUUUUGCUCCCCAGGAAGAGGAGGACAAAAAGCUGUCCCACCGGCAGAAGCAGCGUUUCGUCAAGCGGGAACAGAAGAAGGUCGUGCAAAAGGCCAAGAUACAGGAGAAGCGAGCAAAGGGACAGCAAAAGCAACUGGCUCAAAGACAAAAGAAAUACAACAGCGACAGCGAGCCUGAGCCCGAGGAUGAGGUGGAGCCCCAAGAUGCAUCCUCAGAUGAGGAGGUUCCACAGCUUGUGCCAGCGGGCAAACCACAAAAAGGCUUUACAGAUGAAAAUGACGAUUGGCUAAAGCCAAAGAAGCAGCAGAAACAGAAAAAGGUGCCACAGCCAGAGCCGGAUUCAGAGGAGGAGUUGGAGGAGGACUCUGAUGCUGAGCUGGAGGCGGAAGAUGACUCAGACGCGGAAUUGGCCGAAGAGCAGGAUGGUGAAGACGUUUCCGACGACGACGACGACGAAGCUCAGGUUGGCAAGCUGGCAGAUCUGUCCGACGACGAUGAUGAUGAGGCCAACUCUGACGAUGACUUCGAUAUAUCUGGCGAUGAAGGCGCCCAAGCAGGCAGUGGUAGUGAUGAUGACGACGACGAGAGUGAUGAUGCUGACGAUGACAAGCUGCCCAUUGAACGCGCAAAUAAAAAGCUGAAGAAACGCGAGGCCAAAGAAGCCCAGGAGGCAGAGGAGGAAAUGCAGAUGACAGUGGACCAUCAGGAUGUGUUUCAGCUGCCGACCGAAGAGGAAGAGGCCGAGAAGGACAUCACCUUGCAGGACGUGCAGCAGCGCAUCAAGGACAUCACCCUGGUGCUGUCCGACUUUAAGAAAUACCGUCAGGCAGAUCGUUCCCGCAGCGAGUACAUCGAUCGGCUGCGCCAGGAUCUUUGCCUGUACUACAGCUACAAUGAUUUCCUAAUGGAGAAGCUCAUGGAUAUGUUCCCGCUGAGCGAGCUCAUGGAAUACCUAGAGUCAUCAGAGGUGGCCCGUCCGCUGACAAUCCGAACGAACACGCUGAAAAUACGCCGUCGGCAGCUGGCCGGCGCCCUGAUCAAUCGUGGAGUCAAUCUGGAUCCCCUGGGCAAGUGGACCAAAGAGGGUUUGGUCAUCUUCAACUCGCAGGUGCCGCUGGGUGCCACUCCGGAGUAUUUGGGUGGUUAUUACAUGAUCCAGGGCGCCUCCUCGAUGCUGCCGGUGAUGGCGCUGGCCCCGCAGGAGAACGAACGCAUUCUGGACAUGUGCUCGGCUCCGGGCGGCAAGGGCUCCCACAUAGCGGCCGCCAUGAAGAACUCUGGCGUGCUCUUCGCCAACGAUUCCAACAGGGAUCGCAUCAAGGCCGUUGUGGCCAACUUCCAUCGUCUGGGCGUUGUCAAUUCCGUCGUCAGUUGCGAGGACGGCACCAAGUUCCGUAAAAUAAUGACUGGGUUCGAUCGUGUCCUGCUGGAUGCCCCCUGCACUGGAACCGGUGUCGUGUCCAAAGAUCCCAGUGUGAAGACCACGAAAUCGGAUGUGGACGUGCAACGCUGCUACAAUCUACAGCGCAAGCUUCUCCUCACCGCCAUCGACUGUGUGGAUGCCAAAUCGUCCACAGGUGGCAUCAUUGUGUACUCCACCUGCUCCGUGCUGCCCGAGGAGAACGAGUGGGUCAUCGACUAUGCGCUGAAGAAGCGCAACGUUAAGCUGGUACCCACAGGACUGGACUUUGGCGUUGAGGGCUUCACCAAGUUCCGCCAGCAUAGGUUCCAUCCCAGCUUGAAUCUGACCAAGCGCUACUAUCCACACACCCACAACAUGGACGGCUUCUACGUGGCCAAGCUGAAGAAGUUCUCCAACACGAUACCCAUAACCAAGGAGCAGCAGGAGGAGGACGAGAAGCAGCUCGAUGAACCCAUCGAGGGCGAGACCACAGCCGAAGCAGUGGCUGAGGAGGCGGCUGAGGAUGCAGAAGAAAAUGCGGAUGAGAAGGCUCCUCGCAAGCUGCUGGGAAAGCGGGCCGGCAAGCCAAGCCUCACAGACAUUGACCAGGAUCUGAAGAAGAAGAAGCUCGAGGCAAACAAAAAGAAAUAUGUGGCCAAGGUGUUUGAGAAGCCUGUCAAGGUGGCCAAAACACCAAAGCCAGAGCAACCGGAGGACACAAACGGUGCGCCGAAGAAGUCCCAAAAGAAGGAGACAAACGGUGCACCAAAGGCCGGAAAGACAGAGCAGACCAAUGGCAAGGGAAAACCAUUGAAAUCGGAGGCCGGUAAGAAAUUUCCGUCUCAGUCCAAUGGUAAGGCAUCUCCCGGAAAGUCGGCUGCACCCAAGCCCGAAGCGAAAAAGUUCCAGCCAAAGGACAAGAAGGGCCAAGCCAAUCAGCAGACAGCUAAGCCAGCAGCAAACGCCAAAGCCAACGCCAGACUGGCCAAGGCCCCGCGUAUCGAUGCUGACGAUGUGCCCGUGCUGGAGGGCAAACCCAUCAAAAGGCAAAACAACCUGAAGCAAAAGUCCAAGCAGAUUGGACAGCUGAAGAAGUCCAAGACGGGUGCCAAUCCAAAUCCGAGAGCAGGCAACAAGCAAAAGUUUAAGAAGUGAACACGUUAAAAAACGAGAUCCAAGUCGGUUAAGUAGUUGGUUAAGUGGUAAGCCUGAUGCCCAGGCAAAUGGUUGGGCGGGUAGGUGCCAGAGGCUGUCUCUGGAUACGCCCCAAAACGAUUAUCUGUUUUAUACUGAGAACUGUUUCUAUUUCUUAGCUACGCAUUGAUGAUUAUGUACUAAAACUAAAACGUUGCUUGUAAUUAAACGAACAUAUUCAAUAAACGUUAAGCUCGGAUUAAUGUAAUCAGAAA